AUGUCGCUGUCGCACACGAUGAACUUCUCCAUCCCCGAUGAUCUGAAGCAAUACCUCGCCGAUCUCGACAAGUUCAUCGACGAGAAGAUCACUCCGCUCCAACACAAAGACGACAAUAACCGCUUCUUCGACCACCGCCGCGAGCACGCUCGAACGGAUUGGGACAACGGCGGCCUGCCGCGCAAGGAAUGGGAGGAGCUAUUGGCGGAGUCAAGGAGGCUGGCCGAUGAAGCCGGCUUCUACAGACUGUCGCUUCCAAAGCAAUACGGCGGUCAGAACAGUGCCGAUGGACGAGGGAGCAACCUCUGGAUGGCCGUCAUCCGAGAGCAUCUCGCUGCAAAGGGACUGGGCCUGUUCAACGACCUGCAGACGGAGCACUCGAUGGUUGGCAACUUCCCCGACGUCAUCAUGCUCAUGAACUUUGGCAACGAGCAGCAGAAGAAGGAGUUCAUACCGCUGCGGCUGCAGGGCAAGUUCAGGAUGACGUUCGGCUUGACGGAGCCCGGUCAUGGCUCGGAUGCGACACACAUGGCGACAAAGGGGCGGCCGGAGACGAGAGAUGGUGUGAAGGGAUGGGUGUUGAAUGGAUACAAGCGGUGGCAGACUGGCAUGCAUCACGCUACACACUGCUCGGUCUUUGCGAGGACGUCUGGAAAGGACGGGGAGAUCAAGGGCAUCUCGUGCUUCGUCGUACCGGUAGAGACACCAGGCCUCAGGGCAGAGUCGUAUGAGUGGACACUGAACAUGCCCACCGACCACGCCACCGUCUCAAUCAAAGACGUCUGGGUCCCCGAGACCGCCUUACUAGGCCCCAUCCACAACGGCCUCGGCGUCGCCCAAGCCUUCGUCCACGAAAACCGCAUCCGCCAAGCCGCCUCCUCGCUCGGCGCCGCCGUAUACUGCGUCCAACAAUCCGUCGAAUACGCCAACGAGCGCGCGCCCUUCGGAACCCCUCUCUCCCACAACCAAGGCAUCCAAUUCCCGCUCGUCGAACUCGCCACGCAAUGCGAGAUGCUGCGACAGCUGAUCCGGAAAACGGCGCUGGAGAUGGACUCUAUGCCGCACAGCGAGAUUGAGAAGAAGAUUGGCGAUAAGGUGUCCAUGUGUAAUUACUACGCGAAUAGGCUGUGUACGCAGGCGGCGGACCGCGCGAUCCAGGUCCAUGGUGGGAAUGGGUAUUCGCGACAUUAUCCGUUUGAGCAUAUUUGGAGACACCAUCGCCGGUAUAGGAUUACUGAGGGGAGUGAGGAGAUUCAGAUGCGGAAGGUUGCUGCGUAUUUGUUUGGGUUUGGGGGGAGGAAGAGUUUGGUGGAUGCUACGAAGGCGGAGUCGAAGUUGUAG